GGUUUUGAAGAAUCUCGGAAAAAGGAAAGUUUUAUUUUGCAGUACAGAAGCAUAGGUAUCACAAUGUCUACUCAGAUUGAAGAAUCUACAUCACAUGAAGAAGACUUUGUACAAAUAAGGCAAUUGGAGAGUGGAAGAGUUAGAAGACUCGCACAGGCGUUUGAGGAAAUCACUUUGCAAAAAACACAGAUACACCCUGAUAAACGGUCUUCAGGAGGACAAUUUUCUUACGCUCAGGCACCCGUUACAAGCUAUACACAGAGUUUAAAUAUUGAUACUCCCAAACUGCGUGAGACGUUUGGUACAUUGAUAACCCUACUCCAACGAGAUGAAUUUGAUGAGGACAUGAGAUCAGAAUUAGAGUGUAUUUUCCCUAAUUAUCUCCAAAUGCUUGAGGAAAGAAUUUGUGACCUGGAUCGAGAAGACAAAGGAAUUGUUGUCGCAGGAGAGACCAGCUCUGGGAAAUCAACUCUGAUUAACACACUUAUUGGGGAAAACAUCUUGAAAUCUAGAACAACAGAAAACACAUCAACAAUUUGUAGAAUCUGGAAUUCAGAAAAUAUUGGAGUGACAGUCUACAACGACAAAAAUGAAUGUAUCCAUUCCAAAUUAGAUUACACAAGGGGCCAGCUGCCAGAAUUCCGGAAAGAAGUUCAGAAAUUUACAGAUGUGGACAGCAUGCCGGAAAACUGCUCAUUUGUGGAUAUUUUGUAUCCAGUUUCUCUAUUAAAGGGAAAAACAAUUUUAGUAGAUACCCCUGGAGUUGGAGGAACUAAAAGUCUGGCAGAGUUGAUGAUGAAAUACUUACAAAACGCAGUGGCUUUCGUAUUUGUUGUUAAUGCUUCAAAUGCAGGGGGAGUACAGGAUGAUAGGCUACCAAUCAUUUUGCGAGAAAUUCUUCAUCGUCAUUCAGAGAAUAAAAUGCCAUGUUUUGAUCCGAGUGACGUCAUUUUUGUGACAAAUAAAUGGGACGUCAUAUACUCUUCUUGUGAAGAGGAAGAGGACGAAGACGAUAUAAAUCGUACUUGGAAGAAGGUCAAGGCUUCAAUCAAGAAGCACUGGGGAUCCGUGAAAGAUGACCAAAUUUUUCAAAUCUCACUGAAAAAGAUGAAAGAAACUAAAGACAGUCAAUUCAAAAGAGAAUAUGAAAAAUUUGAGGUUAAGCUGAAGGAAAUAAUAGAACGAAAUCACAUCAGUCGCAAGCAGAAGCAUUUAAGGUUUUUGGAUAACAUUCUACGAAUUUUGGAGCGAGUAACAUGUGGAAGGAUUUUGUCGGCUAAAUUGUCUGAAGCCGAUCAUAGAAAAUUAGCAGAGAAAAAUAUUCAACUGCUAGAAGAUCUUGUACAGAAAAAACAACAGAUUAACAAAGACCUCCGGGCCCAGUUAGAUUCCUCAAUUAUGCGCAUAAGCGAUGAUCUUAUGGAUUAUGUUUGCUCAGUUAAAGGAAAAAACGAAAUAUUAACCCCAGCUGGAAAAAAAGGCAUUAAAGAAGUAAGUGUUUUUGUAUUGGAAAGAAAAGUGAAGGAAAGAUACGUAAGCUUCCUUGAAAAUUGGCGCCAAAGUUCAGAAGUGUUAAGUGUCUUUCAAGCUCUGGAGCAGCAAAUCAAAGACUCUUUCAACACAUUAAAGGGGAAAAUUGAGGUUCUUGAAAAAGACUUGAUGGGUUCUCAAUUUUCUCCACCAAACAAGGAUAUUACUACAACACCCGGUUGGUUCCCUGUUCUUAACAUAGCUGGGACCUUGUCUACAAUUGCCGGUAUAGUUCUUUCUUCACUUUUUUCUGCGGACUUUCAAGAUUUAAAGAAAGCUACAGCCAUUGACAAAAUUUACGAAAAAUGCGUGAAGGUUUAUGAUAAAGAGAAAGUAAGAAAAGAUUUAGAGAAUAUUUAUGGAAACCACUACAGGAAUGUAAUUGAGUGGGUUCUUAAUGAGUCAAUUGAAGGUGACAUAAGAAGUUUGAGGAAAACGGUAACACAGGUGUUCGAAAAACGAAAGGAGUAUCAGACUAAGCUUGAAAAUUACCAAAUUUUCAAAAGAGCCUUGGGAGAUUUUAAACAGCAGAUGAAAGAAACAGAUGAUUACAUUUCCAAAAUGCUUGACACUAAUCAACUUUAAGGAGUUCAUGUCUGAUUUGACCUGAUUGAAUCCUUGCAUACGCAACCUAACUUACGUGCAUGUGGAGAUCUGUUGUUUUAUAAUAAAUUUUUUAUCCUUUGUCACUCGUUUAGACCCACCCUAACGUGUCCUUUUCGUUGGCUGUCUUUUUAUAAUGCAUUUGAAGUCAAAAGAACAAGGUACAGUUUCAAUAAAAA